UUAUUUGUGAAUUAAAUUCAAAAAAGACUUAAAAACAGUCAAAAAGUGUUUGAAAACAAUCACUGAAUUAACGCCCAAAACAUCUGAUUAUUAGUUGAUUUAAUCGACAAAUUUCUAGUGAUUUCUGCAUUUCUGACCAAUUGUUUGAUCACUACUUAACCUUUGGUCUUGUUUUGAAUUCGGCAAAAAUGGACGAAACGUUUGUGGCGUCCGAAGAGAGUCCUCAAGUCUAUCGGAUUCGUUUCAAACAUUCUGAGUUAGAGAUGUUUUUCAAUGAUUUGUUAUCAAAUGUAACCACCGAUGAAGUAACCAAAUGUCUCGUACAAUACGUGACCUCAUCUAUAGACCCAAUUGGUUGGCACGCAAUCUGGAGAACAGUUCCUAAUGAGUCCAACGGUCUGACGUCUGCAUAUGACUUUGAGGUAGAAGUGAUGGACGUAUUGCUUAACAGAUUGGAAGCGAUUGCUGUAGUCCUCAAGUUAUUGAAUCCAAAAGAGUCGGAACUAACUGUUGAACAGUUUGACGAAAAGGAGAAACUGUUGAAAGAAACCAAAAUAGUUAACAUUCCGUUGUCUGAGUUAUAUGUCAUCAGUGAUGGCGAUGACUAUAAUCAAUACCAGAGAACAGCCGUAGUCAUCGAACAAAUCCGUUAUUUUUACGACUUUCUUUGGCGUCCUUGGGAUGAGUUGACCAAAAGUGAUGUUUCGGGUCAAGAGAUUUUUGUCGACAGUAAACUUAUGCCACGACUUGAACUUGCAUUUGAUAUUAAAGACAAAAAGAUUCCUCAAUCGACUAUAAAUCGGAUUAAAAGAUUGAUGACUGAGGCCUGGCGUAUAAAAGACAAAAUCGAUUCACACAAUUCAUUCAAAUCAAUUGAGUCUAUGGAUGUCAGUAUUGAAGAUAACUCUGAGAUUGAUUACAUCAAUGAAGUAGAUUUAGUGGAAGCAAUUAGAUUCAAACUUAGACUCGAAGAUAUUGAACGAGAAAUGAAAUUACUUGAAGACAAACAUUUGAGAUUAAUAGCAUCAUCACUGAAGAAGAGCACUGAUAUUAAUGGAUUGGAUGAUGAAGUAAUGGACGACAAACUGAAUAAAUUGCAUAUUAUUGCCAAAACAUUUACAUUGAAGUCAAUGAAAGAGAUAAUAGAUUUACUCAUAAAUGGAAACAACGAUAUGGAUGUCUCGAUUAUGUCCCACACAAGUCUUUAUUCAGCAUUAAAAUAUGUCAAAUCCGGUGAUAAGAUAUUUAUUACGACUGGAGUUUAUUCGUGUCCAUCAUUGCCUUGGAUUGAAUCGGAUAUUGAAAUUCAUGGAUUGGGUGCAAAUGUUGAUGAAAUAGUGAUUGAGGCCAUGGAUUCUGUUGGAGAUAUCUUUAUAAAUUGCAAUUCAAACCGAAUUUUAUUUUCUGGACUUUCAUUGAAAUCAACUUCAGAACUUCAAAGUCUUCUAAUGAUUCACAAAGGAUUUGUCAUUUUGAAUGAUGUUGUUCUCGAUGGUGAUCACCAAACAAGAAAUGCUUUGACUGUAUUGUCUAAAGCAAAGGUUGAGUUAGAGAAUUGUAAGAUUAUUAAUGAGAAAGAAGAAGGUAUUAUCACCCGAAAGGGUAGUCUUAUCUUUAACAGAGACAUCGAGCAAAAUCUCGACAAAUCGCUAGAACACAAAACACUUAAUUUACACCUCAAUCUCAACACCGGUUCGCCAUCUGCUCCAUCACUACCAUCUACGCCAUCACUACCAACUACUCCAUCAGCGCCAUCGCCUCCUGAUUUUGAAAUUAUUGAUCCUUAAGUUUAGAGUUUAUUACAAUAUUUUAUCCGAUAUUUUAAUUUCAUUUAAUAUAAGCUCUAAUUAUUAUAUUUUUAAGUUAUUUUAUUGCAUUUAUUAAUUGUAAUUAUUAUUACUCAAAA